AUGGGAGGGCUCUGGCUGAUCUUCCUAUGUGUAUUUAUGGGUUUGUCAUGUUUCUUGGUGAGAUUCUUACGCGCAAGAAUAUCAACCCGCCAGGUUCAGGCUUCCGGUAUCGUUGAAAGAAAGGCUGCAGAGAGCAUCUUUCAGAACGACAAACUCCUAUAUUAUCGCCUUCAGAAUCUAGAAGAUCAUCCGGGAGCUCUGGCACAAGCACAAGGACGACUCAUCCAGCUGCUUGAUAUCACCGUCGAUUCCGCCCUGAAGUCGACGACGCCUAAUUUUCUGUCAGUUCCAGAAUUCUGUCUACAGUCGUUGAGAGCGUACCUAGCCGACGUAGAAGCUGCUACUGCUGAUGCAUGGGCAUCCUACCUUAAAAGACGGUCAUCGGGGGGAGGCCGUGAGCUUUUCCAUACAAGCGAAUCUGCAAAACAGUGGUUACGACUGUCCGCGCCAGUGAGGUGUGUCGACGGAGCUUGGCUGUCCAGGAUCCAUCACGCCCGAACUCCCGAGAGGCUGCGGCCUUCUACCCGAAUUGCUUGGCAGAUAUUAUCAGAAGAGCUGGGCGAUGGUAUUCUAGAGAGAAAUCAUGUGUAUAUCUAUUCAAAACUGCUACAAAGCGUAGGUCUUGCUCUCGGACCAGGAAAUUCGGCACAAUUUAUAGAACUAGCCUCAGACCCUGAUCGUGAUGAGCGAGUAUGGACAGCAGCAGUUGCUCAAUUAGCUCUCGGAUUCUUGACCGACAACUUCCUCCCGGAGAUUUUAGGCUUCAAUAUGGCAUAUGAAGCUGCGACGAUCGAGACGUUGAUAUGUGCUUACGAGCUUAAGGAGAUUGGGAUGGAUCCCGAAUAUUUCAAUAUGCAUAUCACGAUUGAUAAUGCGGAUUCAGGCCACACUGCCAUGGCAGUUCAGGCUGUUAUGAGCUUUAUUAGUGCACUUAAGCCCUCAGAAACAAUUCAGUCAUGGAAACGAAUACAAGCUGGUUACCUCUUGGCGAAAAUGUUACCGGUUACUCCCAUGCCAGUCAGCAAACACAGAGAAGAGGUUUUGAGCAUAUUCUCUAAGAAGUGCGAUCCAGCGAAAGAGUUACACCGACGCUGCACCGCGCGAAUUGGAAGAUCAAACGGGAAAAAACUGGGGGAGUGGUUAGACCCAGUCCUUUGGGAGACCCAAAAAGAUUUAUUUCUCUCGUCUUUAGCGCAAUCAAAAUGGAUCGUUCCAGGGAACCCCAGAGACAGUAAUCUUGUCAGGCAGAUGGGCUGGGGUGGCAGGAUGUUUGGAGCAUUUACGUUGAGGGAGAAAACUAAGGUCGAAGAAUGGAUUCGCAACAUGACUUCAAAGCACCGAGAAGUCGAUGGAGAAGCAGCGAGAGGACGGUAUGCAGAAUUUACUGGCUACAGUCCCUCAAGCCCCGAAAUAAUCCCAGCUAAACUGGCCAUCGCUUUUCAGAAAGGGGACUGCUCUCUAGGGAUAGCUUAUAACCCAGUUAAGCCUACAUGUAUACCGGUUCAAAUCCUUCCUUCGCUUUUAAUAGAAGCGGCGACCCCGUUGCAAUACUGCAUAGACAGCCCGGCAAACUGUGCAACAGAGCAGGGCAUAGUCGCAGUGAGAAUUAUGCGAAUCUUAAACGGGCUACCCCAUCCAGAGGAUGCGGUGUUGGGUAUGGACGAAGUGACUUGCCCAUCAGAGGGAGUUGUUGAGAUAGCGUGGCGCGUUGACAAAACGGUUAAGCAACAGCGGAGAUUGGAAACCUCGGAAAUGAACGAUUCGAGUGAUCUCCUGGUAGCUCUGCAGCCAUGGUUAUGGCUUGAUAACGUUGCUAGGUCCCCGAAACAAAAUUAUUGGUUUCUCAUCGGCGCACAGGAAGGGUUUGUCGCCUAUGUUCUUGCGAAUACAGCCGGUCUGCGGAAAGGUGGAUUGCCUGAUGAGACUGCGUUUCAACUAGGCGCAAUUUCAGAGAUGAUGCAAAGGGAAAUGUCCGAGUUGACAUGUCCACAGCCCGAGCAACGCCAGGAAGGAUUUUGGGCAGUGAUUCGAUGUCUAGAGGAGACCAUAUCAAGAUCCGUUUAAGCU